AUGAAGCAACCGAAGAACCUUAACUUGCAUCGCCGACGGAGUAGAUCGGAGAAAUAUUCACCUACCGGGUUCGAAGGCAGUGAACUUGGGUUUUUGCUCCACCGGUUUGUAGGUACAUCGUUGGAGGGUUGGUGUUGGGUGGGGACUGGGACUGGACAGGACACAUGGCAUGAAAAUGGUGGUGGUGAUGAUGAUGGAGAUAUACUACUCAGAAUAGAUCCUCCCACCCAGAACAGCUCAUCAUUUCAACAUCGUACCGAAUAG